AUGGUAGAUGAGAGGACUCGAGGGCGACGGGGUAACAAAGGACACAGUGAGUGCAUCAGUGUCGGAGAUCGGAAAGAAUCGGGAGUGACGAGUAUCGCCGAAGCCCACCAACGCUUGGCCACGUACGCCACGCAACAGGCGACUCACCAAAGUUUAGCGGUCGGAUUUAUCGAGGCCUGCGGCAGAGGGAUCAACGCAGGUGCCAAGCUGUUAUCGACGAAGGAAAUCAACGCAGCCACGAAGAAGUCAGCUCCAACAAAGAAAAGUAGCACCUAUACAGCAGCAACUCACCAGCAGGAAAAUAAGGAGCCAGAAAGGCUACUUCCCAGGAACUGCUGUGCCUACUGUCAGGAUAAACAUUUAAUCGCAUCUUGCCAGAGGUUCAUUGAGCUCACCCCAGAUAAGAGAAACGAAGUCGUUAUCACCAAGGGGUUGUGCUUCAACUGCUUAGGGCCACACACGAAGGCCAAGUGCACGUCGGACAAGAAGUGCCACAAAUGCAGCAGGUAUCACCACACUCUCAUCCAUGCAGGGAGCUCAUGGACGAUGAGCCCGCCUCCAGCCCGACGCACACCAGCCGAACCCAUCCCGACUGCCGGAUCGUCCAGGCAGCAAGGGGAUCACGGGAACAAAUCCAGUACAUCACCACCAGUAGCAGUGAACUUCAACAACAAAAUGAUCAAUGAGAAAGCAGAGAACAUCAACUACGAAAUUCACCAAGGAGAAGCAGAUCAACAGUCAGUGCUGUUGGCAAAAGCGCGAGUAAAAGUAAUAUCACCGAGAGGAUUCACGACACAAGCCAGAGCACUUAUCGACCAGGGUUCAGAGGUAUGGUUUAUCUCCGAACAAUUAGUUAAUCAACUGCAUUUACAGAGAAGAGCAUCAACAGUGGAGCUAGUGGAAAUUGGUGCAAUUAAUUCAGGACACACCAGAGGAAUAGUCUCAGUCACUCUACAAGCGAGCCACGGGACUUAUCAACUGCAACUCAACGCCCACAUUCUAAAGAAGCUCACCGCAAUAAUUCCGUCAUUUUCAUGCUCAUCAGCGAGGAUCGGCUCACUUCAGAAUCUUCAGCUAGCCGAUCCCCAUUAUCUAAGGCCUGGACCAAUCGACAUAGGGGCUGACAACCAUGGGCGGAUCAUCAUGGAUGAAGUUGUGAAGUCAGAGCAAUCGAGAAUAGUUGGCCAACGCACAGUAUUCGGUUGGAUAGUAUCCGGACCAAUCAAAUGCACAAAUUGUUCAAUAAACGUAUCUCUAUCACCUGUACGAGAAUCUUCGAAUGAACAACUUCUAGAGAUUCUCCAGAAAUUUUGGGCCCAGGAAGAACUGCCAAACGAAAGAUCAUCAACAUCAGAGCUUUCACCAGAUGAGCACGAGUGCGAGAUGCACUUUAGAGCAACUCAUAGCAGAGACAACACCGGGCGAUACAUCGUGAGACUGCCCCUCAAAACUUCAGCAGCAGCGCUCGGAGAAUCGAAAUUCAAAGCAGCACGUCAACUCAAAUCGAUCGUGAGUCGACUCAACACAGAUCAAGCAUACUCCCAGUUGUACAGAGAGUUCAUCAACGAGUACGCAGCACUGGAGCACGUGAGAAUAGCACCAGAGACAGCAGAACCCGUGCCAGCCUGCUAUCUGCCACAUCACGGGGUACUGAGAGAGGAGGCCAUCACAACGAAGCUAAGAGUCGUAUUCAACGGCUCCAGCCCCAGUUCAUCAGGUAUGUCCCUUAACGAUAUACUGUAUUCUGGUGAAAAAUUACAGAACGAUGCCAUGGUUAUUCUGACGUGA